UUUGUUUAUUCGCCAAAUUGCACUUAGAUUUAGAUCUAUAAUAUCAUAAUCUCUCAUGCCAAUCUCCCUCUGCUAUGACUCUACCCCAACAAAGUUUUUCCUUUUCUUCCUCAUGGAUUCCCCUUUCUUUCCAACAAUGAAACAGUCGCCAAACCUCAAACUCCUUCUCUUCGUUCAGUAAAAAUCCAUUGCCACUCAAACUAAAGCCUUCAAGCACAUCUUCAGACAGUGGAAACUGAAAAUGAGCUGUCUUAGAAUUGCUUUACUUUUAUUCCUACCGGUUGUAAUAAACAUAAGAAGUUGAUUUUUUUUUUUGUUAAAGAAGGUUUUUUGUUUUGUUUAGGAGAUAAAGAGUUAGGACAUAAGAAAAAAUGAUAUCAGCAGGGAUAAAUUUGGUGAUGACAGUAAUAGGAUUCACAGUAAGUAUUAUGUUCAUAGUGUUUGUUUGUACACGUUUGGUUUGUGCUCGGAUUCAGCUCAAUGCUUCUCGGAGAUCCUUUCCUAUUGCUUCAAGAUCUGAUCUUAGUAUACUUGAACGGGGUUUACAUGGUCUUGAGCCUGUCGUUGUUGCCAACUUUCCGACCAAGAAGUACAGUGAUGAGUGCUUCUCAUCUACAGAAGAUGCUCAGUGCACAGUUUGCCUUUCUGAAUACCAUGGUAAUGAUGUCUUGCGAAUCCUCCCUUAUUGUGGGCACUCUUUCCAUGUAACAUGCAUAGAUAUGUGGCUACAACAGCAUUCCACAUGCCCUGUUUGCCGAAUAUCACUGCGUGAAUUUCCUGAGAAGAAGCGCUUGAUGCAACCAUUGUUCAGUUCAGCCAACCGAUCUCAUUUUGGCAUGGAGUCUUUGAAUUCACAUUCUUACAACUGUUUGUUGAGAGGGCAAGGCUUUCCGUCGAGAACCCAUGAUAACCGUGAGAUGGACCGAAUUCAAGAGAACUCUUUCACAACUAGGGGCAUUGGACCAGAAGCAGGGGAGAACAUGUCCCCAACAACUGAAGAUUAUCGGACCAUUAAAGACUCAAGAAACAAGCAUGUAGAAAGCCCUUCAAACCUUUGAAUUAUGUUGGUCUUUAAGAAUGCGAGUUGAGUUUAUUGAGAUGUAUUGUUUGUUGAUGUAUCCAGCAGAAUUUGGAAGCUAAGAUUCCACUAGAGCUCCUGCAUGGUAAUUGAAUUAUUUUCCAUUUUGUAGCGUAGUGUAAAUAUGUCAAAUGUUUUUUGUCUUCGUAUCCUUUUCCUCCUUUCAACGGUGGCUAGUUUCUGGCGCUCUGGCAGUUUUGUUAGCUCAGUUGUAAAACUAGCAUUAGUCUAUAUUGGUGAAUGAGGUGGUUGCUCUCUCUCUCUCUCUCUCUCCCGACAAGCCUCGUUGUAUUUUAUAUUUGUGUGCAUGAAUUCUUUAUUUUUUUCUCCGUGCCUGCUACUCUAUGUCAAUUCGCAUUGAGUU